UCUGCAGCGGCCGGACUGUCACAAUAUCGCCCGCCAUUUUUGCGACCCAACUAUCGUAUCAGACUCAGUCGGUCAGCUUCUACAAAAAGACCCGGAAGCGCCCUCAACCCGAAGGGUCUUUUCCCCGUCUUUUGUUCGUUGUGCUGCUUCAUUGUGCGUACCAUGAUUGUGACAUUCACGAUAAUCCAUUGUUAGAGCACGCACAAUCAAUUUUUCCCGACCACCGAAAUUGUGUGUUCCGUCAUCAUGCAGGCCAUGACACCCAUCACCCCGCUGGAACCGGGCGUAGAGAUGUUCCAGAGAGGAAAAUCGCAGUCAUUCUUCGUCUCUACUGUUUCUGCGCGAACGUCGCUGGAGCGGCCCAUUUCUCAUAUUAGCGAUGCAUACACCGACAUUGAGGAUGAUUCGAGCGACUUCGAGGAGUACAGUCUUGGAUCUUCAAAUGAGAACCGUCGAAGUCAGACAACAAUAUCAACGUUUGAAGAAGUGCAAACGCCACGGGACGCUGAUUCCCGAGCACCCUUCGCCCGCGAGUGGUACUUACCGAAGGCAGUCGAAGGCCCAAAAGGCCCGCAUUUAUUCAGAGCAUCGCAAUCUUCAAACGACUUCCCGUAUGAUUUUGCGCUACAGUUAUCCCCGCUCCUGCCCAAAGAGCCUCCUUCAAGACUCCAAACUUCUUUUAGGGAGUCGACUCCUGAGACAGUUGUUCCCCGCAGGGAAUACAAUAACAUCGCCUCUGCUGUUGCCCACCUUGACAAUGCUGAAGUGCGAGCUUGGACCUCCCGGGAGGUCGCUACCUGGAUGUACCAGAACGGUUUCGACUCAGAGGUUAUCGACAAGUUCGAGGCACACGACAUCACUGGUGCCGUUCUGCUUGACCUUCAAUUCGAUGACCUGAAGGAGCUGGAGAUCCCGUCCUUUGGUAAACGUCACCAACUGUGGAAUCAGAUCGACUCGCUCCGAAUAGCCGACGGUCUUAUGUCUCCGACUGCCCCAGCGCCAACACCUUUCGAGGACACCAGCCGUCCUUGCACGGGGGCAAGAGACCGGUCAAAGAGCAAGAAUCGUGAACGGCGCCACCGUGACAGGUCAAGAGGUGGCAACGAAUGCGAUGGGGACGAUGUAAAAACACCAAUCACCCCUGGAGGUGGUCGAAGGAGAAGAGGCCGCCGGCACCGGCACGGAGCAGAUGAUAUUAUCACGCCUGCCGAGUCUGUCUCCAUUGUUGCCAUUGAACAGUUACUACCAAAGCCACACAAGUGCGCGAAAGGAGAGCGAUGUGCCAAAUGGAAAAAGCAGCAGCGACAGCUCGCCAGACUUCAAGAAGAGCAUGGAUUCCCCAUUUCACCAGAAAAGGGAGGUCAUAUCUUCAUUGCAGGAGAUCCAGGGAACGCCCAAACUGCGCAUCGUGCCAUCGAAAAUGUCUACCGUCCAACAUCAGAUGCAAUCCCAUCUGUGGUAGCAUCGUCCGAUUUAUUGGGACCAGGCCAGCUGCCUGAAUUUAAUCUCCAGGAGAACAUGCUACAGAAGCUGGACUCGCGCGACCCCCAAGAUAAUGUUCGACAUUUCCUCAGCCUUCAAGGUGUCGAACAGCCUUACACAACUGCUACCCCUAUAGAGGCUCCUCCGACCCCCCCACUAGACUUGUUCCCACCACAACCUCAAAUUGUGCAACCCUACCAACAAAUCUCCACUUUCUCCGCAUCAACGUCAGCUCAUUCCUCACAGUCUUUUGACCCUACCUGUCUUCCGCCUCCAGCACUGCAUCCGCCAGAAUUUACUCCGGCCCCGCAUUUUAAUCUCAAGAGUCUUCCGAAACUAAGCAUUCCACCACCCCGCUCAAUGUCCGCACAACCCCCGUGCGGUGGCACUCGCACUACCGCCCCAUACAACCCCCAGAUUACACUAGACACUGCCUUUUCACCUUGCCGCACCGCGUCACCGGGCGGCCUAUACCGAUUCGGCACACCCUUCUCCGAGAUGGACGCACCAGUAACCGCCAUUCCAGUUGGGCCUGUUUCGCGUGACACGACCCAGUCUGUACCACCAAACAUGCAAUACAGAGACCCGGUGCAGCGAGCUGGGUCACGAGUCGAGUGGCGACGACCAUCACUUGCUCUACCAGCGCUUAACGAAGACCAGGUGUUCAGUCCCGUGGGUCACUCCGAUGACUCCGACACCUUGCAUGAAACGCAGUUCUCGGGCGACGACAGCGCAGGUUCGUCACCAAUGAGCACUGCGAGACCCGAGAAUGCGCUUAAGGGAGGGUUUGUGUACGACGGUGUGAAUCAUCAUGGCUGGAUGAAGAAGCGUCGCACCAAGCUUCUCCGCCAUGAGUGGCAAGACCACCAUUUCCGUCUAAAUGGUACGACGCUUGCCAUGCAUCCGAACGAGCUACCAACCUCUUCCGCAAACCACACUAUUGAUGUCGACGACUAUGCGGUCGCCUGCUCGUCUCUUGCCUCUAAUAAGCUCUCUGCUAAGCUUCGAGCCCUGAAAAUUUCUUCAGGACACCACGGAAAGGAUAAGAACGGUGUGCCCACAGCCUUCGAAUUUCAGCUCGUGCCUACUGCAACAGGCAAAGGGGAGAUCCGUCGGGUCAUGGCCAACGGCAAAGUCCACCAUUUUGCGGUGAAGACGCGCGACGAGCGCAUCGACUGGAUGCGCGAACUGAUGCUCGCAAAAGCACUGAAGGCGAAAGGCGAUGGGUAUGAGGUUAACGUCAACGGAGCUGAUGUUUGAAGAAGCACAUAUUCUACAAGCAGAACUUCUCUACCGCGCUAGAAA